AUGACACUGAAGAAUUUUACUGAAGGUGAAAACCAGAAAACAGUCGUUGUACUAUCUUGCUCUGCGGUAUUUACUGCAGAGGUACAAGGCGAACUGAUCUUUCUGUCAAUUGUAAACAUCUUUCUGUCGAUUACAGCAGCUCUGGGAAACACUCUGAUCCUAGUUGCUUUACACAAAGAAACUUCACUUCACCCGCCGUCCAAACUCCUGUAUCGUAACCUAGCCGUAACUGAUUUCUGUGUUGGUACCAUUGCGGAGCCUCUCCAUGUUUCCUAUUGGAUUUUUGGAGUGACGGGAAAAUGGGAUAUUUGUUAUCUGGCUCAUUUGAUGGUUUGGCAGCUUAUACCUUUUGUGGAGUGUCUUUAUUAA